CAAGCAAGGACUUACUAUGUCUCUAUAUUUGUAACAAGGACUCCACCUUCACUAUAAAUAUCAUAACCCUAAUCAUUUAUAGCAUAUCCAUUUUCCAUUAUCUUUUUGUGUAUUCCUCUUUCAUUGUAUCCAAUUUUAAAUUUGUGUUUUGUUCUUCAAAGCUUUCUCUGAUUCUUCUUUGGUGUGCGCUUCAUCGUCUCUAGUUGAUUAUCAAAUAUGACUGUAAUUGUUGAGAAACCCGUUUUUGAAAUCGAAGAAAACAUCAAGAACAUUAACUUGGAUACCAAUGAAUUGGUACUGGAUGCUGGAUUUAAAAUGCCCGAAUCCAAAUUGGUUUCAGAAAAUGGAUUUUCGACUCCCGAAACCAAUGCCUUUGGCAACACUUUCAGAGACUAUGACGCGGAAACUGAAAGGAGAAAGGCUGUUGAAGAAUUCUACAAGCAAAACCAUAUCCACCAAACAGUUGACUUUGUGAAAAAAAUGAGGGAGGAAUACAGUAAAUUGGACAAGGUGGAAAUGAGCAUAUGGGAGUGUUGUGAACUUUUAAACACAGUUGUGGACGAAAGUGACCCUGACUUGGAUGAGCCUCAAAUUGAGCAUUUGCUCCAAACUGCUGAAGCUAUCAGGAAGGACUACCCUAAUGAAGAUUGGCUUCACUUGACUGCCCUUAUUCACGAUCUUGGAAAAGUUCUUGUUCAUCCUAGCUUUGGAGAACUUCCUCAAUGGGCAGUUGUCGGCGACACGUUCCCUGUUGGAUGUGCAUUUGAUGAAUCAAUUGUUCACCACAAGUAUUUCGAGUUAAAUCCAGAUCAUCACAACCCUGCUUAUAACACCAAGUGUGGUAUUUACUCUGAAGGAUGUGGUUUAGACAAUGUUCUGAUUUCUUGGGGACAUGAUGAUUAUAUGUACCUGGUUGCUAAAGAAAAUGGUACGACUCUUCCUCCAGCAGCUCUGUUCAUAGUUCGAUUUCACUCGUUUUAUGCUUUGCAUAGAUCAGGAGCAUAUAUGCAUUUGUUGAAUGAUGAGGAUAAGGAGAACUUGAAAUGGCUCCAUGUUUUCAACAAAUAUGAUCUUUACAGCAAGAGCAAAGUUCGAGUUGAUGUAGAGAAAGUAAAGCCAUACUACCUUUCUCUCAUUAACAAGUAUUUCCCAUCCAAGCUGCGAUGGUGAACGUCUUCAGAGGGUUGGCUAGUUCAUGUCAUUGUAAUUACAAUUGAGGCAAAUAAAUAAGUUUGGAAACCCGUAAUAACUUGAGUUAGCGAGGAGUAUGAUUAAAACAUUUCUUUAUCAUAGUACAAAUAUGUAAUUGCAAUUGUACCUAGGUUUAAUUAUAAUUCUACUCUAUGUAGUGAUCAAUUGCAUUAUAGUGGGUAUGUAUCUUGGAUCAUUCUUUAAUAAAAUUAUCCUUUAAAAGUUAUCUUA